AUGAAGAGCCUGCGACGUAUGGAGGCCAACCUACAAGAAGCCUGGCCCCCACAAGCUAGGCUGGAUCGUAUCGAGAACGUCGAAAACAACGAACAAACAUUGCUCUUGGGUGGAAAUCUAGACAGCUGGACGCCCUUGUGGCAGCACGACAAUGCAUGGAUCCGAAUACCGGCGCAACUUACACUGAGUACUCUGGACCCGCCAGAGGUCCGCAAUUGGCGGAUCCACCUCAUCGCACUCAUCGCUUCGAUGUCUGCACUAGCCAUGGGAUACGAUACAGCUGUAAUCGGUGGGACUAUGGCUCUCACUUCCUUCAUUCGCGACUUUGGCAUGAAUGACAUCGCCAAAAGCAACCGUGACACAAUUCAGGGCAACAUCGUCUCCACAUUCCAGGCAGGAUGCUUUUUCGGGGCGCUUAUCGCUUUCCCCUUUGCUGAACGAAUUGGGCGGAAGAAGACUAUGAUAAUAGCUUCUACAAUCUUCUUACUCGGUGGCACACUCAUGACCGCCUCUCAAGGUAGUCUUAAUAUGAUCUAUGCUGGACGAGCUGUAGCAGGCUUAGGCAUCGGUGCAUCGAGUAUGGUUGUACCUGUCUACAUCUCUGAAACUGCGCCGCCUUCCAUUCGAGGUAGGCUGGUUGGUAUCUUCGAAAUCGCUUCCCAAGGCGGAGGUAUGCUGGGUUUCUGGAUCAACUAUGCUUGUGAUCGAUCCAUCAGCGUUGAAGGUGCUACACAGUGGGUCGUACCUCUCGCGAUCCAACUCGUUCCCGGUCUACUACUACUUCUCGGUGUCGCAUGGUGCCCAGAGUCACCACGAUAUCUCGCAAAGAAGGAUAACUUUGAAGGAGCAGAACGUAUACUGUGUAAGAUUCGGUGUCUUGACGGAUCGCAUGCGUACAUCCAGCAUGAGAUGAGCGAGAUUCGGGCGCAGGUCGAAGAGCGUAGCGCCAACCGUCAAAGUAAGAAGGCACAGUUCAUGAAACUGUUCCAGAAGGGCGUGCGCAACCGGAUGGCCAUUGGUCUUGCGCUCAUGUUCCUACAGUCUUUCACUGGUGUCAACAUCAUCACGUACUACGCUCCUCGCAUAUUCGAAACGCUCGGUAUCUCUGGAACUUCGCUGAAGCUUUUCUCUACUGGAUUUUACGGUAUCGCAAAGACACUCGGCAUGUUCACCUUCACCUUCAUCGUUGUCGAGAAGGUUGGACGUCGCAAGGGGCUCAUCUGGGGAGCAGCGCUGGGUUGCAUACCCAUGUGGUAUAUCGGUGGAUACGUCAUGAAAGCCGAUCCAGCUGGAGCUGCUUUGAGAGGCGAUGUUUCACGCAACGGUUGGGGUUACUUGGCAAUGGUCUGCGUUUACGUCAACGCUUUCAUCAUCUGCGCUACGUGGCAAGGCAUCACAUGGACCUACGCAUCGGAGAUCUUUCCGCUCGACAUCCGCAUGCUUUGCGUAUCGCUAACGACCGCUGACACUUGGCUUGGUUCGUUCAUCAUCGCACGCAGCACGCCAUACAUGAUCUCAGAUCUCGGUUAUGGUGCAUACUUCUUCUUCGCUACCAUUCUAGUCCUGAUGGGUGUUUGGAGUUUCUUCUUCGUACCCGAGACAAAGGGUAUCAGUCUUGAGGAGAUGGACGCCCUCUUCCUGAGGCCCAUGCACCAGGCUGUGUGGGCGCAGCUUCGCGGCAAGCCGAUCUUGACCGAAGAGGAGGUCAUCGCAAGAAAUAAGGGUAUGGAUCCAGUACACGAAAAGAACGUUGGCGUUGAAAGAAUUGAAGUAGUCAAAAGAUGA